AUGUCGGCGCUCCAAUCCACGACGCCGCGCGCCGACCAGCCGGCGCGCAAGCGAAAGCGACGAACACGCACCAAGACGGGGUGUCGCGAAUGCCGGCGCCAGCACGUGAAAUGCAACGAGGGCGCCAUCCUCCCCUCGGGGCGCAAGGUCGCGUGCCGGCGCUGCUGGGAGACGGACCAGGCGUGCUUCUACCCGUUCCCGGCGAACGGGUACCCCGCGAGCUCGAACGGCAAGGUCGUCAAGCGCGCAAAGGGCGACCCGGCGCCAGAGAAGACCGUGCCGGAUAUUACGUGGGAGCGGGCCGAGGACGUGUCCGAGUGGGUGGGCAAGGGCGACGACGACGAGGACGGCGACAACGACACGGUGCUCGCUGCUGGGCCGUCCACGUCCCCGCCCGUCAUGCCGCCAGCGCCGAGCAUGGCGCUGCCCCUGUCUAUGGCGCUGUUCGCGCCCCAGUCAGAGCUGUUCGACCCCGCGGUCCACCUGCCCAGCUCGCCGGCCCGGCGCGCCAAGGCGCAUGACCCAGCAACGCUCAGCCCUCUAACCCCGCUCGACUCGCUCCCCCUCCCCAGGUCCAUGGCGGCGCCGGCGUGGACGAGCGUGCGCCCGGCAAUGCUCCGCGACCCAAUGCACGAGUCGUCCGCCCCGGUAAUGCUGCGCCACGCAACCACGGCCGCAGCAGCAGCAGCAUCGGCAGCGGCGAUGCGGGACGCCAACGGCUCCACCCACACGGCGAUGGUGCGGCAACUAGACGCCGCACCCGUCCCCGUCCCGCCGCAGUUCAUGCACGCACACACGCUGAUCGCGCCGCCAAAAGUCAUCGCAAGCUACACGCUGGCCUCGCUGUCCACGUCGGACGCGGACCGCGCAACCGUGUCCUACUUUGAGCUGCAGGGGUGUAACGAGGUGACGUGCGUCUCGAGCCACCGCGACAACUGGAUCUUCACGCAGCUAUUUCCGCGCUUAUUCCAGUCGCUGUCCACAUCGUCGUCUGGGCCGUCGACGCCGGCCAGCGCAGUCAGCAGCAACGGCACGCCCACCCUCCGUGCAUGGCUGCACCACUCGCUACUUCACUUGGCAUACGUGCACCGCGGGAACGUGGAGAAGGAUGCGCUGCAGAGCGCCUUCUUCCUCACCCAGGCGCGCGAGCAUCGGGAUAGGGCGACAACCGCGCUCUUCAAGGCCAAGGUCCUCGGCGCGGAGUUUAGGUCCGACGACUACCUCAUCGGCGUCUUCCUCCGCUGCAUGGGCGAGAUCCUCGACUCGGGCCGGGUACAGGUCGACGCGACGGCCGUGCUCGCGCUCAAGUCGGCGGCCAGCUCGCCCUUCCACGACACGCUGCGCGACCUGAUAAACGUGUACGCGGCGAUCCAGGCGGCCUGUGCGCCAGCCACAGCGGCGGACGCGCUGCCGGCCCUCGAGAUCGAGGAGCACGUCCAGGGCGCAGAGUGGACGGAGCGCACCUUCGGCUGCUCCCGACACACGGUCAAGCUGAUGGCGCGCGUCAGCUCCAUGGUCGCGCGGCGCGCCGUCCUCCUCCAGUCUGGCGCGGACGGGAGCGCACCGGGCCUGCUGCUCAAGGCCGAGGCGGAGGCGCUGGCACAUGACCUCGGCGAUGCAUGGGACUGGGACGAGCGCAACGUUGCGCCAGGGAGCUCGGACCGGGUCCAGCGGGGCAACCUGAUCAUGCGGUACGCGCUGCGCACGAUGCUGCUGUGCGAGAUCCUCGACACGGACCUCGCGGACGAGCGCAUCACGUCCGCGCGGAUGCGCGCAUGUGAGCUCGUGGCCGACUGCGACCCGGCCAAGAUGACGGGCUUCCAGUGGGAGAUGACCGUGCUGGCGGUGUACACGCGGGACCCGUCCGAGCGCGUGCGGGUGCGCAGCUUGAUCCGGCUCGCGCUGGACAUGAGCUUUGGUCCGCAGUACCGCGGCGCACUGGACGUGCUGGACGUGUGCUGGGAGGUGCUUGACGCCCGGGGGUGUUACGAGAAUGGCGUGGCGCCGUGGCGUGAGGCCAUGGCUGCGUUGGGGAGGAAUCUGUGGUUCUAGGCCGAGGGGGAGAGGAGAGGGACACUGCGCUGCUGCUGUCUUUUAUGUUGUAGCUUUUGGGAUGCC